AUGGGUAGCUUUGCAUCGCGCCAGGUCAGGUCGAUGGACGCACGGAGCCGAACAAGCCAGCACAUGGAAACUUUCCACCCCAAGAAAAUGGUCACAGACAUAAAAUGCGCUAUGUGUGGAGGACACCGUUCUAAGAAGCAACAUAAAGAAUCUAGUGGCAUCCUAGAUCAUUUUAUCUGCUCGAGACAGCAAUGUAUGGAGUUCAAAAAUCUCCUUGCUGCCUCGCUCCAUGGCAGACCGGUUAUUAUAGAGAACCAUUACCAUUAUCUUGAGAAAAGAUCGCAGACAGCCAUGCCAUCUGGUUUUGCUGAGCUGCCGGGUGAGAGCUCAACAGUUCGCGCGGAGCUGCCUGGGUACUCUGUCCACAAUACGCAUGCGGAAUAUCUGGCCGGGAUGGAGGACACGCCUCCUGCUGUGGAUGUCUCCACUAAACCAUCGAUGAAACAUAUGAAGGGCCAUGCAUAUGUAUAA